UCAAAUUCAGUACCUUUGCAAACGCGCAAGAAACAAGUCGUACGCUACGCUGAGCACUCCCUACACACAGUGAUGUUGCUAUAAAUAUAAUAAAAUUAAUAGAAAAUCAGUGUGACGUUGCUCCUGCUUUGACAAUUUACAUACAUACAAAAUACAACUAUUUAUGCUUGUAUGUGUUUAAGUACUGCAAGUGCAAUUAAAAUAAAUAAUUACGUUCUAGCAACGAACUACUGGCGCAUACAAUUGAAAUACAAAUAAAAAAUAUUUUUUUUUUUUUAAUUUUUAAAAAUUUUUUGUCGAAAAAAAUUUGUUUUAAAAUUUUUAUAGAAUUUUACUGCAAUUCAAAUAUUGAAAAGUGCGCUUCAAUUGAAUUACAACAAUUAUUGUAAUUAAUUCAUUAAUUAUAAACAACAAAAAUAUUUGUUUACAACAAACGCACGAGUGGAUCUAACGUUUGCAGUCGCACAACAACGGUGUCCAUCAUAACAUUUUGUGUUUGUGUGCGUGUGUGUAUGUGCUUUUGAUCCUUGCGCACAACUGAUAAGCAGCUUCUAGUCGAAACAGCAACACGGUUCUGCCAAUUUUUACUUCCUUGUUUUACUUAUUACUUGUUAAACGCUUUUGAGUCACAAAUAAAUAGUAAAAUCCAUACAAAAUGACGCGACCGAAGGAGGAUUCGAAGUUCAAAGCAUUCAUGCGAGAGAACUCGCUGACGAUGCUCACAGUGACUGGUGUAUUCCUCGGCGGUUUCGUGGGUUUCAUCAUCAAGAACAGCACAGGCGAGUGGACGAAGCGUGAGAUUAUGUACAUAUCCUUUCCCGGUGAACUUUUCUUGCGCAUGCUGAAAUGUUUAAUUGUGCCAUUAUUGGUUUCAUCCAUUACGAGUGCCAUUGGUGGACUCGAUUUGAGCAUGUCGGGGAAAAUUGCUAUACGAGCAAAUGCUUAUUAUUUUCUCACAACAAUCUCUGCCGUCGUCUUGGGCAUCUGUUUGGUAACAACAAUACGUCCAGGACAGGGUGCGAAAAUUGUGGAAGUGCGCACAGAAUCUGUUGAUAAAGCAUCGAAAGUCUUAACGCCCGAUACGCUUAUGGAUUUAGUGAGAAAUAUGUUUACGGAUAAUAUCAUACAAUCGACAAUGUUUCAGUAUCGUACGGAAAUCUUUGAAAAUACGAGCAUAAGUCCACCAGUUCCCAUGGAGGAAUGGGACUUUAAAUCGGCACAACGUGAGGGCUCCAAUGUACUUGGUUUAGUUAUGUUUAGUGUAAUUUUGGGCACAACAAUCGGACGCAUGCGAGAGAAGGGUCGAUUGCUGCAAGACUUUUUCACCUCACUAAGUGAAGCUAUGAUGACUAUAACAUCUUGGGUCAUUUGGAUUUCACCGCUCGGUGUAGGUUUCUUAAUCGCCGCGAAGAUUAUUGAAAUGGACUCGAUAGCAGCCACUAUACAAUCUUUGGGUUGGUACUUUAUAACGGUAAUGCUGGGUUUAUUCCUGCACGGCUUCGGUACCAUCGCUGUGAUCUUCUUCUUGGGCACGGGCACUUUACCUUAUCGCUACAUUGCCAAAUUGAGUCAAGUCUUAGCCACUGCCUUUGGUACGGGCUCCAGUUCGGCCACCAUGCCGCUGACUAUUAAAUGUCUUGAUGGCAUCGGUAUUGAUCCACGUGUGACACGCUUUGUCAUCCCUGUCGGCGCUACAAUCAAUAUGGAUGGCACAGCUUUAUACGAAGCCGUUGCAGCACUUUUCAUUGCCCAAUAUCGUGAGAUGAGCUAUUCGUUUGGUAAUAUUGUGGCGGUCAGUAUUACGGCUACGGCAGCGUCGAUAGGUGCCGCUGGUAUACCGCAAGCCGGUCUUGUAACUAUGGUGAUGGUGUUGGAUACUGUGGGACUGGAACCGAAGGAUGUCUCGCUGAUUAUAGCUGUCGAUUGGUUGCUGGAUCGCUUCCGUACCACCAUCAAUGUCAUGUGCGAUGCCUUGGGCACCAUAUUGGUUAAUCAUCUGUCGAGAAAUGAUUUGCAAAGCGUCGAUCGGUUGAACGCCGAACCCCAUGAGCUCCUCGAACUUGGUGCGAAUGGACAUGAAACGAAAGAAUGAAGACGAACCUUGCCUACCCCUCCCCGUAUUAAACCGAAGCCAAAACCAGUGCACGACACACAUCGUUAAUCAAACAUUUGUUGCAUACUUUUAGGCGCAUUGGCGCGUUGAAGCAAUGCUAUGUGUUGGUGCAUGAGUGCGUGCAGCGUUUAUAUGCAACGCUCAAUGGCCAAUCAACGUUUUUGCCUGUGUCAAUACAGAUUCUAAACAUUUGUGCUUCCAAAGUACAAGUACACCGAAUUUAUUUAUACAAAUGUAUGAAAAAUAAUAAUACGAUUAUUAACGCGUAAACAAAUUGAUUGGAUGUGCCAAUUUGCGGUAAGCACAAAGCAAAGAAAACAAAGUUUACAAACAAAUUGGUUAUUUUUAAUGAAAAUAAAAAUUGUAAAUAAGACAGUUCAAAACUUUUUUCUAAAAAAAAAAUAUUUACUAAAUUUUUUCAAAAAUAAUUGUUUUUCUAAAAAAACUUUUUUCUAAAAAAAAAAAAAUAUUUACAAAAUUUUUUCAAAAAUAAUUGUUUUUCUAAAAAAAAUAUUUCAAAAAUAAUUAUUUUUCUAAAGAAAAUAAUAUUUAAAAAAUAUUAAUUAAUUAUAAUUAUUUAAUUGCAAAUUUAGUAAAUAAAUUUAUUUAAUAUAAAAUUAUUGCAAAUGCUCAGCAUAUACAUAGUUAGCAGAAAACUACAAAACAAACAAUAGUAAAGCUAUAUGUAGGCUUAAUUCUAGCACAAUGUUACAUUGUUAAAACAAAAAUAGAGCCAGUUUAUUAUACUCAAAUGUUGGAAAUUCUUGUUAACGUCGUAGUUUACUGGAAAAAUAAUUGAAAUAGCGUAAAGCUAACGGUUUAUCACAACUGAUGAGCUUCUUAGUUAACCAGGAAUGAUAGAGAGCAGAUUACGAUAUGCGAGCUAGUAUGACGUCAUAAAGUGGAAAGGCAACAUUGACAGGAAACUGUCCAAAUUGAAUGUGAAUUGUAAAAAAAAAAUUCAAACUCGAGAAAUAUAAUUCUUUUAACAAUUUAUAAUGAAAAAGUUUUAGUGAAAAAAAAAUUUUAGUGAAAAUAUUAGAAGAAAAAUAUUAUUUCGUAAAAUUAUUCGAAAAAUUUUUAAAUAAAUAAUUUUAACUGUUUUCAAAAUAAUUACAAAUUAUUUGUAUAAAAAAAUUAUCUGUUGCUAUUUUUGUUGUUUUUCACAAUUUUCUUACACUUUAUGACGUCAUAUCUGUCAAACACGUACCAAAAAAGGUAACGAUAAAAUUUUCAAGUAGUCCUGCUAUCAUUUUUGCUUAGUAUCCGCAUUUACUAUGUAUGUCUAAGUGUACUGUAUGUAGCAGAGCAGUCAAAGCAAAGUUCAAGUAUUUAAAAAAAUAAAAUAAAAAUUAAAAUAAAAAUAAAAAAUAUAACUCGCCAAAAAUAUGCGCUGUUUUCAAAAAUCAAUAUAUUUUUAAGCAAUUUUAAGCGAACACAAUAAAAAUAAAAUAAUUUAAUGUAGCAAUCAAAUGCAACGUAUAUGAUAAGUGUUAAAAAUAUAUAUACAUACAUACCUAUGUGAAAUUUUCAACCAAGCAGUUCAAAUCUAAACCGUUACAAGUAUAAGAAAAUAGCAGCAAUGCUUUUGGUUUCCAAGUCAAAAGUUGAUUUUUGAGCAAAUUUUGUCAAACACUAGAGAUUUACAUAUAAAAUUAUUGAAAAAAAGAAAUUAUUCAAAAAGGAAAUUAUUAAAAUAUUUUGAAAAAUUUAUCCAAUAUUUAACAAAAAUAAUAAUUAAAUAUUCAACAAUACAGAAAUCAAUAAUUCACAAUUGUUAUUAUUUCGUAAAUUACUAACUUGUGUGUUCGUAUUAAGAACUUGUAAAUACUUAAUAGCAUAAGCUCGAUUUAUGACAAUAAAGUGCAUGAAAACAUAAAAAACCAUGCGCGUAUAAAAAGUAAAAAUUAUAUGAAAAGUUUAAUAUACAAACAUCUAUAAAAUAUUAAAAAAAAAAAUUAAAAAUAAAAUAUUUGAUUUUUUGGAGCAUAUAAAUUGCUAUUUUCGGUCCGACAAGUGGUAAAAUUUAAAAACAGAAAUUAUUAUACUCUUAUAUAAUUAAUGAAAAUUUGCAUUAGUUGCGUAGAUAGUGCAUAGUCUCAUCAAUAACAAUAAAAUUAUAAAUAAAUUAAUAAA